GUUGGGCUUAUGAGUUCCAGUUCAAACACUGAAGUUGAACUCAAGCAAAGCCCAAAAAACAAAGACUCUCCAUCGGGUUCUCUCAUGUUAGACCACAUUCUGCCUACAGAUUGGUCUAGAAGAAGCAGUGAAAAGCAGCAAUGACAGUGACAUACUCUCGAAGAGUUGCUGAUGCAGGUUUGGGGACCUUUUUUCACCUGCUCCUGCGAUGGAAAGGCAGCAUCUACAAACUGCUGUACAGAGAGCUCAUCAUCUUCACUGUACUCUAUUACUUCUUCAGCAUUGUUUACAGGUUUCUACUAAGCAGUGAGCAGAAAAGGUUGUUUGAGAAGCUGUCAAUAUAUUGUGAUCGCUACGCAGAACUCAUCCCUGUGUCAUUUGUGUUGGGUUUCUAUGUGACUCUGGUUGUUUCCCGUUGGUGGGGUCAGUUUGAGAACAUACCCUGGCCAGACCGUUUGGCAGCACUAGUAGGAGGCCAUGUCCGUGGGACCGAUGACACUGCAAGGCUGACCCGAAGAACACUAAUGCGCUACGUCAACCUCUCAGGAGUUCUGAUCUACCGCUCUGUCAGUACUGCCGUCUACAAGAGGUUUCCAACCACUGAGCAUUUGGUGCAGGCAGGUUUGAUGACCUCAGAGGAACUGAGGCACCUGGAGGAUCUACCUUCCCCCCACAACAAGUUCUGGGUGCCCUGUACAUGGUUUGUUAACUUGGCUUUGAGAGCACGGACGGAGGGUCGCAUCAACAAUGAUGUGGCUCUCACAGCCAUUCUCACUGAGCUGAACAGCCUGAGGGCAAAGUGUAUGAAGUUGUAUGGUUAUGAUUGGAUUAGCCUGCCUCUCGUCUACACUCAGGUGGCAACAGUUGCGGUCUACAGCUUCUUUCUGGCUUGUCUGAUCGGCCGACAAUUCCUGGAUCCUGCGCAGGGAUAUCCGGGACAUGAUGUGGAUUUCUACCUGCCGGUUUUUACCCUGCUGCAGUUUUUUUUCUAUGUUGGCUGGCUGAAGGUGGCAGAGCAACUCAUAAACCCUUUUGGUGAAGAUGAUGAUGACUUUGAAACAAACUGGCUAGUUGAUCGAAACCUGCAGGUGUCUCUUUUGUCCGUGGAUGAGAUGUAUGACAGCCUACCACUGGUUGAGAGGGACAUGUACUGGAAUGAGUCGGAGCCCCAGCCUCCUUACACUCCUGCCAGUGCUGAACACCGUAAACCCUCCUUCAUGGGUUCGGCUCUAGAUAUCAGUGUUCCUAAGGAGGAGAUGGAGUUCCAGUCCAACUUGGAACAAAUCAAAGAACAUGAAGAAGCCAACUAUACCACUCCACUACUUGGAGGGUUGGGCCGUCUGUUGGGCGUCCAGUCCCCAAACUUUCCUCGCUCAUCCCGGGUUCCUCUGCUUCGCCGCCGCCCUGGAGCUCCACUGAACCGCUUCCCUCUUUACUUGCACCCAGAAGCACCAUCGACCCCUACUCAAACCCGCUACCCUUUGAACCAGGACCGGGAUCCGGACUAUGCCUUCUCCACUGUUCCCAUGUAUGAAAGGCCAGGAUUUUACAGCUGCCCCCAAACACCAAUUCACUGUGUGCCCCCGGCAGUGCCUCGCCCUCGGCAUCCCCGGCGGACCCAAAACGAUUGGGAUCGCAGCUGUAGCUCCAUGGCCCCUCCGACAGUGGGCUCCCAGUUACUGGCUCCUGACACACCCAACCAUCUUCCACCACCUCCAUCCUCUGCAUUUCCCUGGUUCAGUGGGGAGGGAGAUUCACAGAGUGGACCAGCAUUCUCCUUCCCCGACCCAGCACCGGAACUCUGCCCAAUAUCUAAACUCAGACCAGGACAUGGCCUACUGUCCCGACGCCCGCCUCCCCCUCGCCUCACUUUAGAAACCCUCCCAGCUGCUGAAAGCCAGCCAGGACUCCUGAGUGCUCGGGCAACGGGAGGUGGAGGUGAAAGAGUGUUCUCAUUCACUCCCCCCUCUCACACAGCGGCACCAAAUCCUUGUAAUCCCAACAGUAGCUCCGGCAGCAUUAAUGCAACAAGCACCAACAGCGCUGCCACAACAGGAAGUCUUUGCAAUGGAACAAGCCACAGUGGUUUUAGCAACCAUGGAAACUUCACCUCAAAUCCGAGGAUGAGCAAUGGGAGCGGAAGUGCUGGGUCGAGUACCAACAUGAACACAGUUUCUACAUCUGCACCUUCACAGGAAGCGAGUCAGCAAAGCUCAGCCAAUGAUUCGGGAAUCUCAUUGACUGAGGGGGAUCUGCUGGGAGUUCUGGUGGAUGGUGGGAUGAAUAAGGAAGAGAAAGGGAGCAGGACUGAGGAAAAAACUAACUAAUUUGAAGCCUUUUAUAUAUUUGAUUCUAUGUUCUAUGUUCAAUCAAUGAAAUAACAAGAAACAUUGUGGUAAAAAGGAAUUAGCUCUUUGUGACUCUUGUUGAAUUAGUUUGAUGACAAGAGAUGUCUUAAAGCCAGCACCCAGUCAUGCUGAACAUUAAAGUACCUUAUUACAUAUCUAAUAUGAAAUCAAUAUGUAUGACACAUUGCUGGAUUAUGUCAAACUCACAUCUGCAAAUUAAGGACUUUGUGUUAAAGCCUAUUUCCUGAAUUAGCUCAGAAUUAACCUACUUCUUAUGCAAAAAUCCCCUUAAAUGAACUGACACUGAGCCAAUAAGAAAUUUCAGAAACUUGUACACUUCUGCUGAAAACCAAGCUUAACUGUUUAUAUCCCAGUUCUUAGCUUUGUGUCCAUCUGUAUGCUAUUAAAUUAUAUAUUAAAUAACAUGCUGUGAUACUUUUAUCAUUGUUUAUUUAAAUAAAAAUAAACCCCACAAAUGAUUUGAAUAUUAUUGCUUUAUUUUCAUAAGCUUUUUUUUUACGUACAAGAAUAUUCAAUGUUGUAAAGUAACUACAGAAUACUGAACUCAAAUUUUAAAAGUUAUGAAGAAACUGACCAAAAAUUAUAACAACAAAACAAUGUUUUUCAAUAAUGAACAAAGUUUGGAAAAUAUAUGGUGUAAUGGGUAUCCAUCACUUUAAAUAAUAAAAAAGAUCAAUUUAGAAAGAAAAAUAUAAUCCUUACUAUUUUCACUAUCUAUACUGAGUACAAGUGUAUGGCUUUGUUUCUAAGACUGUAAUUCAGUUCAAAGUACAGGUUAUGGCUAUAAUGCUAAUGAAAGAAACCAAUGCUUCAUCGGUUAUAAGCAAAACAAUUUUACAGUUGGCAAAUAUGAAUAUCUUUUAGCAAGUUCUCCUUCACACUGGUCUGAGACCGCACCACAACCUCAAGAGUCAGCGGUCCCUAUAAUGCAUGAUGCAGCUUAGCAAUGUUUCUCCAGACAUCCUGGUGGUAGGACAUUAUUUACAAAUUCUACAGGAAAGAGCCUGGAAGCAGCAUUGCUGCUCCCAAAAAAAAGAAAUCCGCAUGACGCUUGUGCAUUUUGCCCUGAAGAUUUUUUAUGUGUUGUGCUCCUUAUGGAGUAUGAAUCCUGGCGUUUUAGAAGCAAAUAAACUGCAAAUAUAGACAAGGAGAUUGUUGAAAGUUCAUGUCCAGAAUGAAUGGAAUGAAUUUGCAUUGAUGUCUAACGGCAGCCGUGGUUUUGUAUUUAGAUCUGGAGGGCGGUGAGAAGGAUGAGAAAGCUUUCUGAAAUAAUUUUACAAUAAAAACAGCACAACUCUAAAAAUAAACUGAAACAGUGAUUAUCAAAAAGCCCAUCUUGAGGACGUUCUGUGUGGAUCCUGCACUUGCGAAGUAUCUCAGAUAAAAAUAAUUACACUGGUUCACUGAGUUCAGGACAGAGAACCCUUCAAGUGCAUCCUCUUGUGCUCUCAGAAAGCGAACGAAGAUAAAGUUUGUUCCUCUACAUUAAGGCUGAAACUAAUGAUUUAGGACCAGAAACCGCUUAUAAUUAUAGGUAAAUUCUGCAGAUUAUGAGGGAAAACCCUAGUGUAGUGGUAUUCCCUGUGGCAACUCCAUUGCAGUAGGAUAGCCAAUAAUGGAGCAAGAACAAAUACAGCUCUGGAAAAAAAUUAAGAGCCCACUGCAAUGAGCCCCAUUGAAAACCUCAUGGUUAUUCCAC